GUGAGGCAAAAAAAUGCAGAAACUUCUCGCUAAAAUAACACGAAUAGCACGAUCUGUAAUUCAAAAUAAUAUGAAAUUUCAUUAAAUUAAUGUUUGAGUGUUGUUCGAAAGUGCUGUACAAACAUACGCUUGUGCGGAUUUGUUGUUCUGUUGCUGUAAGUUUUUCGCUGGCUGGGCAUCAGCGAAAUUGUUUACACGCCACGAAUUUUUUGUUUGUGUGCCAUAAAAGUUUGCGAGCCACGCCAAGCUGUACAUUCCCAUGAAAAAGGACGUUCUCCGCCUGAUUGCGGAGGUGCGGCCGCGGCGUGCACUGUGGGACACGAGCAUACGCCUGGCCUGCCGCAAGGAGGAAUGGGCGUCCCAUUGGCAAGAGGUGUCUGCAAAAUUGCAGCUGGACGUUACGACAUGCAAGAAGCGUUUCAAGGGACUGAGAGACAGCUACCGUUCCGAGAUCCGAAAGAUACAGCGUGGAGUCAUGAAAAUGUCCAACUGGACGUACUUUCGUCCUCUGGAAUUCCUCCGCUGCAUUUUCGAUCCCUCUGGUCUUGUGGGCUUUGAGCCAGAGGACUACGAAUUCGAUUUCGAUUCGGCCGAGUGCUCCAAUGACUACGAUCAGGCACAUAUGGAUGACUUUAUCAUCGAUCUGGACAAUGAUGAUUCGGUGGACUUUGAAAUUAUGGGCGACAUAUUCAAGCGAAACUCGACCGAGCAGCAGGACUCGGGCUCCGACAUGUCGCUGGUAAAGCCGCAGGACUCGGGCUCCGAUAUGUCGCUGAUGAAACGCCUGGACAUGUCCAGAUCCGAUGUGGAACUGUCGCCGCGACUGCUGUCGCCAAUGCAUCUGCCAACGAAUAAUUCAAUGCUGCCCAAGCCGCCGCCCACGAAACGCAUUUGCCGGCGAAGGUCCUCGUCCUCGUAUGAGAGCCCUGUAUCCAAUGGCUACUGCCACAACAGCAAUAACAAAAGUAGCAACCACAGACAGGCAUCAAACGUGAUAGAAACAGCGCCGCCAGCAGUCAGCAGUCAGCAGUCAAUGGCGACGUUCAAAGACGAUGCCGACUACAAUUUUCUGGUCAGUCUUAUGCCGCACAUGAAGUCCCUUUCGGACAUGGGAAAUCUUAAAUUUCGCAUGGAAAUUAGCCGCAUUUUGGUGGAACUGAAAAGGGAGGAAACGAUGCCGGUGCGCAACGAUGCGGCGGUACGUCCCCAAUAUUCGCCAGCAACGAUGCCAAAGCUAACACCAGCGCCGGCCGCACAGCUGCGUCUGCGCCAGCAGCAGCAGCAGCAACAGAAUGGGCAUUCGGAUCCAGAGGCAUAUUAUAAACCUAACUGCUACCUGAACGGAUUUGUGGACAGCUCGUUGGUCGAGUGCGAUGUCAAAAUAGAAAAUGAACCUUUGCGCUAAGGUUUGCUAGAAUGUGUAAUUCUUUGUUGUUAUUACACUCACGUUUACGCUAGAGAAACUAACUUUACAUAGAGCAUAGACAAAAAUGCGCUUAGUCCGAAUUUAAUUUAAUGAUUUGUACAUUCAUAAUUGUAACCAUAAGAUUAGAGCAGAAUAUUUCUACAUCGAUUCAUGGGAGACCCACAACACAGCUCAACAGUACACACACACACACAUACAUUCUUGUAAUUAGUAUGCCCUUAUUGAACAUGUUUUUGGCCAAAAAUAUACGCAACGGUUGCACAGAUAGUGCCACCCAAAUACAA